AUGUCGAACCUUGAUGCAAGGUCUGGACCUGAAGCCAUACACCACUACGAGCCACUCGAUCCCCCACUGUCGAACCUCAACGCAAACCCUGACCUUGAAGACAUAUACCACUACGAGCCACUACCCACAACAACACAUAUCAGAGUCCUUACGCUGCUACCCUCGAGCGAACGUGGCCGAGUCUGCGGGACUCUCCCCGCCGUGUCUCUCGAUCAAGCAGUCGACUACACCGCCCUUUCUUACAGCUGGGGUAUGAACGAGACAGGUAAUGCGUCGUUCAGCCAUGAAGUCGACAUUGAAGGGCGGCGCUUACCGAUCACGAGGAACUUGUUCGAGUGUCUUCUUCGUCUCCAAACACGCAACGGGCCGUCCAGGAUGUGGAUUGACGCAGUGUGCAUCAAUCAGAAAGAUGUUCAGGAGCGCAGUCGGCAGGUGCAAAUGAUGGCUGAGAUCUUCUCGACGGCUAGCGAGGUUCUUGUGUGGCUAGGCGAGGGCUCAGACGAGGCAGAAGACACAAGGGCUUAUGACGCGAUACCAUGCUUGGCCUGUCACCGACAUUGGGAAGAUGACCACGAUCCCAUCACUUUGAAAAGUGGCUUGCCAUCAUGCUCAGUCAUGGCCCCACUUGCAGUAAGACUGCCAGCAGUCAUGCCCUGGAACUCCAAUCUCAUUGACCUCUUCAUCACAAUGACUGAGUCGAUCAUACCUAUCGUGGAGAGAAGAUUCUUCACCCGCCGCUGGAUCGUCCAAGAAAUCUACCACGGAAAGCGGAUAAAUCUGAUGUGGGCGGACCAUCUAAUCACCUCGGAGACAUACUCGACGUCUCUAAGCUGGCUCUUUCGCUUUGCUACUCAUGUUCUGGAUUGGCCAGAUGAAUGGGAUGCAGCGGCGCACGUGCAUCUCUGUAUUCUGCUAGGGAGAUCUGAAGGUCCAUUCCACCUCCGGGCUUCGGCGUGCGACACAAUUGGAUCAGAGCCUCGUGUGACUCUCCUAUAUGGCAUGGAGUACCGUCGAGGCUUACAAUGCUCGGACGCUCGAGACCUCUUAUACUCAAUUCUCAGCUUAGACCCACGGCACAACAUCAUCGCUGAUUACAGCCUGCCCAUUAGAGACUUGUUCGUUUCGCUUAGUCGGUACUGCCUGGACACAGGUGAAUUCAAUAUACUUUUGAGGAGUAGCUGCACCAUUUCCGGGCUCGGUGAAGUUCCUCUCUGCAAUUUAGAUCUUCCUUCAUGGACGCCCGAGUGGUCACACUUUCAGAAGCAAGGCCAUCCGCUCGCAUUUAUGCCUGGUGCCAAGAUCGAGGAUGACGGUACACUUAUAUUCCAGGUCAAUAUCGUGCGUACACUUGAGGAUUACAUGGCGUACAUGGGCCGCACGAUGGGACUCGGCGACAUUUUGUGCGCAUUUACUAAGGAACCUCCAUCUUGCGGAUCCUGGGACUCUCUGAGGAUCAUUCUUCCGAUUAAUGGACGAUUCAACACAUAUCGGAUGAUUCCGAUACAGUCUGUCGAACAUACCAAAUGGCAUGAUAUAAAGAUCAGUCUGCUGCAAAAAGAUGGUAAAGUCGUUUUCGGUGGCAGUCAGUGGGUUCGCAUUGUGUGA